AUGUCUCAAGCAAGUCUAGACUCGAAUACCUGGUACCUCUUCUCAGAUGCUAGAGUCACCAACACCACAGGUCCUGUUAUAGGAUGCUUGCAACAGACCUCCAAUGGCCUACGAACCUACUCGUGCGACGACAAAGAGACUAUGGCAUGGCAAUUCCAACCGGUAAACUCCACCAAAGGCCGGUAUCUCAUUCGAUCAAACGCAACCGGAGUGAGGCUCCAACUAUCAGCCUGCUGGGACCAGGCAGAAACGGCAAAUGGACACACGGCAGUCUGCAUGAGGAGAACGACCUCGGGCGAAUCACAGAUGUGGGAUAUACUCGACUGGGGCGAUGGAACCUUUGAUCUCUUCAACGCUGCGAACGGUUCCGACUACAUUGUUGACCGUCAUGCGGGUAGCGGCGUGUUCAUGUCGGACCAGAUUGCGGGAUCAGCCGUCAGUGACUCGGUUGAUGUCCCUGGGCAGCGCUGGAUUAUUCGGGGUGAUCGAGCGGUGAAUGAUCCCGCAUAUUCGUGCCCUUUGUUCAUCACAGAGACUAAUUAUUCGGGUCUUCGUUUGGAUCUUCAGGAAGAGCCCAGUUCCACAUCUACCGCAGCAUCCCUUCCUAACACAGAGAGGGGAUCAUCCAGAGGCUUAUCUUCGGAGACCAUCGCUGGGAUUACAGUUGGUAUAGCUUUGGGAGUCAUCUGCCUUAUCGCUAUGAUGCUUUUCUUAUCACGUCGACGGAAACUUAAUCAUGGUGCCAGGCUUUCUGGCAGUCAUCAGCAGAAGUUCAUAUUCAGUUUUUAUGAUAAGAGAAGGCCUGUUAUUGACCAGCAUGCUAUUGAGAGUGGUGUUCAUCAGGCGACAAAUGUACAGGAGAUGAGUAGCAGUGUCCAGGUGGCUUGA